AUGAGCUCUUUAAGUUUUAAUACAAGUAUUGAUAAAUCAUCAGAACAAUUAAAUGUUACUGAAAAAUCUCAUGAGGAAUCACCUUCAAAAUUACGACACUUAUUUCGGCGUCUGCCAAGAAAUAGACUUUUAAAAUUUACAAAAAAUAUGCCAGAGUUUCAGGAAAUAAUAAAUAAAUCUAAUGAUACAGCUGAUACAUUAGUAAGUGCAACAAAUAAUGAAGCUGCUCAUGAUAUAUGUUUAGUUUCUGACAGUCCACAUUAUAUUGUUCGAGUUGCUGGAACUGGAAAUGUUCAAGAAUUUGAAAAAUACCUUGUUGAAGAUCCUCCAGCAAGACUAACUGUAUUUAAUCCUCAAGGUCUUUGUGCAGCACAUAAUGCUGCUGCACGAAAUCGAGUAGGUAUUUUAACUUUAAUUGUUCAAUACCAUGGAGAUUUAAAUAUUGAAGAUAAGAACGGAUGGACACCGUUGCAUCAUGCUGUACGAAAUAAUGCAAUGGCUGCACUUGAAUUUCUUUUAGAACAUGGAGUUGAUGAUGUUCGAUUAAAUAAAGCACAGGAAGCAGCUAUUCAUUUAGGUGUUAUUCAUAAUCAAUUAAAAACUCUCACAUAUCUUGUUACUAAACGACCUGAUCAAGUUGAUCUUCCUGGUGAAAGGAAAAAAACACCACUUCAUUAUGCUGCUCUUAUUGAUAAUGUUGAAGCAGCUAAAAUUCUUACGUCCCACAAUGCAAAUAUCUAUAUAAAAAGUGAAGUUGGCAGCUAUCCUGUUCAUGUGGCAGCAUUGAAUAGUAGCAAUCGUGUUUUUAACCAUUUAUUUGAAACAGCUAAAUCAUUGGAGGGUGGUACAAUGGAACUUUUAAAUAUAUGUGAUGCUGAAAAUCAUCGACCAUUACAUUCAUCGGUUAUUGGUGGUAAUAUCGAAGCUGUUGAGAUUUGUUUGAACAAUGGUGGCUCAAUCGAUGAUCAACAAGAUGAUUUAUCAACAGCCGUUCAUUUAGCAUCAUCACAAGGUUCUCUCGAGCUUCUCAAGUUGAUGUUCGGUUGUCAGCCAGACCUCAUACCUAAAGUUAUUCGAAUGGCUGAUGUUCAAGGCAU